AUGUUCAAGACUGGUUGUUUGUAUAGCGCGCCUGCGUUUUUCUUUAGAUGUGGUUCACCGCGCAGCAAUAAAAUUGGAGCGAGCUUUGAAUCUGAAGUCCUGUCCCACGUACUUUUUUUUAAAAAAAAAAAGGUAGUUUCAGGGUAUUUCUCUGAACGGAGGUCGUCUUUUGUGCCUAAGAUAGGUGGAAAGACAGUCGAUGCCUCAGGCCUAGCGGGGGAAAUCAGUCAGAGAGCCGCUCCGCCCUCCUGCCUUCUGCCGGCAAGACCAGCUUCUCUUCAACGUUGGCUCGUCCUUUCUCUCUUCUCUUUUAUCACCCAACCCCCCUCCUGUCAUCUUUUCCUUUUGACAUACCCUUCUCACUACCUCUACGUCAGACUUUGA